ACUGUCGGUGGAAUCUCAUUGGUUCUCGUUCUCUCCAUCAUCAUCGCCAUUCUGGCUGCUGCAGUUAUUGGACUGGCAGCCGGUACUGGCGUUGCCACCAAGAACUACAACGACGCAAACUCCAAGCUGGCAGUUUUAAGUUCCUCCCUGUCUGCUGUUCAGGCUACGCCUCCUCCGAGCACUGCCACUGGUACGGCUACUUCGAGCAGUACUCUUCCUUCUGGCACGCCAGACUUCAACGACCUCACCAACGGAUGCUCCGAUGACCCGGGCAGUGUUACUGGAAACAUUUACACCUCUUCAUUCUUUGGCAAGCCGCAUUUCACCAUGUAUUGCAACAAGGACACGAACAACCCUGCCUUGUAUUCUCUUUUCGCUACUGACUUCAGCGGCUGUAUGGAUGCUUGUGCCGGAUGGAACUCGUACAACACCACCACCAAGCAAACUUGUGUAGCCGUCUCAUUCAUUCCCUCGUGGAGCAUCUUGAAGAAUGCUGUGAACGGCGGCGCUCCGGGAGACUGUUACCUCAAGGCCGGCCAACAAAGCACGGCCAUCCUGAAAACAGCUAACAUUGGAACCGAGUGCCACGCUGCUGUUCUUCUCAAG